AUGGUAAGGCAGCAUAUUGGCGACCGUAAAGAGAAACGUGUCAUAAAAUUCAAGUCGAAUCGUAACGGGCGAAAGGCUGAGGCAGAACAACAAGGAACGGACAAGGUGGAAGACGACGAGGCCUCGUGGAGAUGGUGGGAAGACGAAGAGCCUCGCAACGACGCCAAGAAACGCAAAAUGUGGCACACGCUAGAGCACAGAGGGCCGCUUUUCGCACCACCUUACAAGCGACUACCGAGCCACGUGCACUUUUUCUACAACAAUGUCCCGGUGAGGCUCAGCGCCAAAGCUGAGGAAGUGGCUGGUUUUUACGCACGCAUGCUCGAACGCGACUACACGUCCAAGCCAGCGUUCAACGAGAACUUCCUCCGCGACUGGAGGAAGUGCAUGAAUCGCAAGGAAGCGAAGCUCAUCACCGACCUCGGGAAAUGCGAUUUUCGGGAGAUCAGCGCGCACUACGAGACGGAAGCCGAGCAACGGAAGGCCAUGACGAAGCAGCAAAAGCAGGCGAUUAAACUCCAGCGAGACAAAUUGGAGCAGAAGUACGGCUAUUGCAUCGUAGACGGACACAGGCAGAAAAUCGCGAACUUCAAGAUAGAACCACCCGGACUGUUCUGCGGUCGCGGGCAACAUCCCAACAUGGGCAUGCUGAAACGACGCGUUCAGCCGGAAGAUGUCAUUAUCAACAUUGGAAAGGAUGCGCCGGUGCCGAAACCGCCCCAGGGACACAGCUGGAAAGAAGUUCGUCACGACGACAGUGUCUCCUGGUUGGCCUCGUGGAACGUGCUGGGACGCACAAAGUACGUCAUCCUCGACGCCAGCGCCAAAUUCAGGGCCGAGAAGGACGUGCGCAAGUACGAGCUCGCCCGGAAGCUCAAGUACCACGUGCGUAGCAUACGACGCAGCUACAUGAACGGAUGGAAUUCGCAAGAUAUGGGUGUCCGCCAGCGGUCCGUGGCACUGUACCUUAUCGACAAGCUCGCACUGAGAGCUGGAAAUGAACGGGAAGGUGGCGCCACUGCCGAUACGGUCGGCUGCUGCUCUCUGCGUGUGGAGCACAUCACGCUGCACGAGACGGACAGCGAGUCUGACCCGUUUCUGGUGGAGUUCGACUUCCCCGGAAAGGACUCCAUCCGAUACGCGAAGACGGUUCCGGUGGACGAGCGCGUCUUCGGCAACUUGGAGCUUUUCAUGGAGGGCAAAGAGCCAACAGAAGACCUGUUCGAUUUACUCACGACCGCUUCUCUCAACAAAUAUCUCAACAAACUCAUGAAGGGGCUGACUGCAAAGGUAUUUCGUACUUACAACGCUUCUAUGACCUUCCAAAAGGGACUGGAUACUACGACGAAAGCCGGUAUGUCAUUGCCCGAGAAGCUGCUUGUCUACAACCGAGCCAACAGGGCAGUCGCCAUUCUGUGCAAUCACAGACGAGCCGUUUCCAAGAAUUUUUACAAGCAAAUUGAAAACAUCCAAACAAAGAUAGAGAAGAAAGAGGAGCACAUUCAGAGGUGUGAACUGGAAAUCGAGCAGCUGAAAUCUGACUGGAGAAAGUCCAAGUCACAAAAGAAAAAAUUGCAGUUGGAUCGCAAGAAGAAUUGCUUACAAAAGCUCGAAGUGGAGCUAGACAGACUGGAACUUCAAGCUGUCGACAAGGAAGAGAACAAAGACGUUGCCCUCGUGACCUCAAAGAUCAAUUAUAUCGACCCAAGAAUCAGCGUUGCUUGGUGCAAGAUGUGGGAUGUCCCCUUCGAGAAAAUUUUCAACAAGACUCAGCGGGAAAAGUUUCGCUGGGCCAUAGAGACAACAGACACCGAUUUCGAAUUUUAGAGCCAAGGUCCAUUUUGCUGCUUGUCAAAGCAAGAGAACUUAAGAGCAGUAGCGGCAAUCGGAACUUGACAACAAGGCUUUGACCCAGAUAUUAGAACUUAAUACUGUAAGGCCCACAAAGU